CGGAACGAGAGACGUAUUUGCAUGCGUACAAAGAGUGAAAAAUACGCUGCCAUUCGCUUGGAACAAAUCGAACAAAAACGUAGACGGGAUCUAAGCUUCGAACGGUUAUCUAGUCGGCUUACAGACACGGUAAACAACGAAACGAAAAAUUCAUUUAAGAAUGCUCAAUAGAGAAAUACUGUACGACAGGCAAGUCUUCGUAUAGAUCUUACUCCAGUUCCUUGUGCAAUGAAUUAAGACAUUCACAAUCAUUCAUUCAGCAAAUGCCAGCUUGGAAAAUGCUUUAUGAGUUAUAGUUCUAGAAGGAUUAUGAUCAUCCAGCCCGAACGAACUUGAUGCAGUAAACUAUUCAAAAUAUUUCUUUUUCAAACUGACCCCUUAUUUAUUCUAUGACGCAGCUAAGGUGGGAGGCGUUUGGAAUAACCGAGGUCUUGUUUGGUGCUUUAUAACUGUCUACAAGAAAAAUCAUUAGCGUAAUAGACCACGUCGAAGUACACAACUAAAACACAUAAUGAUACGACAAGCAAGCAUCGAAGACAACUACGAUUACCUAUUCAAAGUUGUGCUUAUCGGAGAUUCAGGAGUUGGAAAAUCUAACCUGCUUUCUCGCUACACCAAGAAUGAAUUUCAUUUAGGAUCUAAAGCGACGAUAGGUGUGGAACUUGCUCACAAGAAUAUCGAAAUCGAGGGGAAAAAUGUACGUGCUCAGGUGUGGGAUACUGCAGGACAAGAAAGAUAUCGCGCCAUCACAAGCGCUUACUAUCGUGGAGCCUUAGGUGCUAUUCUGGUCUACGACAUUGCAAAAGGCACAUCGUUUCUCAAUCUAGACAAAUGGAUCCAAGAGUUACGUCAGCACGCAAGUGAAGACUUAUCUGUAAUUCUAGUGGGUAAUAAAUCUGAUCUUAAACACCUGAGGAUGAUUGAAGCUCGUAGAGGCAAACAAUUCGCUGCCGAUAAUGGAAUGCUUUUUAUGGAAACCUCUGCCUUGGACUCGACUAAUGUAAUUGAAGCUUUUGAGAACAUAUUUCGUCAUAUAUACGAUAAAGUCAAAGCUAAAGAGCAAGAGAAAACAGGACAAAUGCUUAAACAAAGUAACGGUUCAUUAGAUGUCAUAAGACCUGUAGAGCUUAAAAAACCAUCGGAUGGUUAUGCACAGGGGGCUAGACCAACAAAAGCGCCGUGCUGCACAACAGUGUAGUAAGAUCUUGCACGUUAUAAAAUGUAAACACUUUAUUAUUUAUCUUAUAAUUUUCAUUAUCAUUAUCAGGAAAAUCCUAGGCAGGUGGUCGAGAAUUAGGAAUUGUAGCCUCCCAGAUAUACCGUUGACCAAGAUUUUAGCGUCCCAUGCAGAUAUACCGUUGACCAAGAUUUUAGCCUCCCAGAUAUACCCUUGACCAAGAUUUUAGCCUCCCAGAUAUACCCUUGACCAAGAUUUUAGCGUCCCAGAUAUAUCGUUGACCAAGAUUUUUCCAGAGAUACUUUUGGACCGAAUAUCUGGUCGUUAACAGAGUUGCAGAAAACCAUGAAUUAUUCUAUUUUUCCAUUUCCGAUAUGCUCCAUGCAGAUGAUGGUAUGGGUCUUUUUUCCCCAAUAGUUGAGAAAAUCUGGGUGGGUUGGCCUGGAAACAGUAGUGCCCUGAUUCACCGGUCGUUUAGGAUUUUACCCUCCACUCGAUCGGAAACAAAGCAUACAGUAAAAGCUUGGUAAAAAUACAACUCUCAAUCAUGUGACCAAGAACACUUAGGUCUUCUCUAAAUUCAACAAUGCCUCAAAGGCACGAAUAACAAAAUAUAUUUUAAAGUCUACACCCAUGCUAGACCACAGUGCACAGCGAGCCUCAUUCGGUAUUAAGAGCAAGUCAUGGGCAACCCCGUAAGUCAACCAAUCUAGGAAAUUAAACGUAAUGCAGGUUAUACCACGUGGUAUCUCACCAAAAGUGCGUGAUAAAUUUAAGAUGUUGCGUGAUAAAUUUAAGAUAUUGCGUGACAACAUGAACAUUAAGGUAAUCUUUAUUCCAGGUGUAAGUCAGUUUGUUAAGAGUUCGUUUUCACGUGAUAUACCGCGAAAUUUAAAAAAACGAACGAUAAAAUAAAGUCUUAUAAGAAUAUGGCAA